GGGGAGGCUAAACGGGAGAGAAGCAGGAAGUAGCGGCGGCCGUGGGGAGGGCGGCGGCGGCGGCGGCAGCGGCGGCAGCGGCAGCGGCAGCGGCUGCAGCGGCUGCAGCAGGGAAAGACCGCCAGGGCUCGGCCCGCACCAGCAGCCAAACAAGUCUGGGGCCCGCCGCCAUGGGAGACAUGAAGACCCCUGAUUUUGACGACCUCCUUGCCGCCUUUGACAUCCCCGACAUUGAUGCAAACGAAGCCAUCCACUCUGGGCCAGAAGAUAACGAGGGGCCAGGAGGCUCGGGGAAGUCAGAGCCCAGUGUAGAGGGUGACCCUGGAGAGGCAACAGCAGCAGCUGCCGGGGAUGGCCCUGGAGUUCCAGGCCAGGCCUCUGACCAUGGCCUGCCACCAGCAGACAUCUCAGCGGUCAGUGUCAUUGUCAAGAACACUGUGUGUCCCGAGCAGCCCGAGUCCCUGGUUGGAAGUUCAGGAGGGGAAGGGGCCCGGGCUGGGGGGGUGACUAAGGAAGGACCUGUGGGGCCUCGUCUGAUGCAAAAUGGUUUUGGGGGCCCUGAGCCAUCCCUUCCAGGAACCCCCCACUCUCCAGCUUCUCCCAGUGGGGGUACCUGGAAAGAAAAAGCCAUGGAAGGCAAAGCUCCCUUGGACCUCUUCGCCCAUUUUGGGCCUGAGCCAGAGGAGCAUCCCGACCCCCUGCCUCCCUCUGCGCCCUCCCCGCCUCGGGAGGGAGCCAUGACCCCACCUGCUUUCCCCUCCCCCUUUGAGCUGGCCCGGGAGAACGGCGCAGCCCUGCUGCCACCCGGUCCUCCCCCACCGCUGGGCGCCUUGAAGCAGGGUAGCUGCAGCCCCGUUCACCCCCAGGGCCCCGUUCGGCCAUGCUCAGGCUCUAGCCCUGAGGCCGCGGGCAUCCCUGCCAGCACCUCGCCUCCCCGGGUUGCUGGGGUAUCCUUCUUCAAACAGUCUCCAGGGCACCAGAGCCCUGUUGCCUCCCCCAAAGUGCCCAGCUGUCAGCCCCUAAAGGAAGAAGAGGACGAAGGGCCGGUGGACAAGUCUCCCCCAGGAAGUCCCCAGAGUCCCUCUAGUGGAGCCGAGGCUGCCGACGAGGACAGCAAUGACUCCCCUGCCUCCUCCAGCUCCUCUCGGCCCCUCAAGGUGCGCAUCAAGACCAUUAAAACGUCCUGCGGGAACAUCACCAGGACUGUAACCCGGGUCCCCUCAGACCCUGAACCCCCCGCCCCCUUGGCCGAGGGGACCUUCCUGGCUGAGGCCAGCCUCCUAAAGCUGUCCCCCGCAGCCCCAGCCCCUGAGGCUCCAAAGGUGGUGAGCGUCCAGCUGGGUGACGGCACGAGGCUAAAGGGCACCGUGCUCCCUGUGGCCACCAUCCAGAAUGCCAGCACUGCCAUGCUGAUGGCAGCCAGCGUGGCCCGCAAAGCUGUGGUUCUGCCUGGGGGCACCGCGACCAGCCCUAAGACGAUGGCUAAGAACGUGCUGGGCCUGGUGCCCCAAGCCCUGCCCAAGGCUGAGGGGCGGGCAGGGCUGGGGACCGGGGGACAAAAGGUGAACGGCGCCUCAGUGGUGAUGGUGCAGCCUUCCAAGCCGGCCAGCACGCCAGUUGCCGGGGCCGGCACAGUGAUCUCGCGGACGCAGUCCAGUCUGGUGGAGGCCUUCAACAAGAUCCUGAACAGCAAGAACCUGCUGCCCGCCUACCGGCCCAACCUCAGCCCCCCGGCGGAGGCCGGCCUGGCCCUGCCUCCGACGGGCUACCGCUGCCUGGAGUGUGGGGACGCCUUCUCCCUGGAGAAGAGUCUGGCACGGCACUAUGACCGCAGGAGCAUGCGCAUCGAGGUCACCUGCAACCACUGCGCCCGCCGCCUGGUCUUCUUCAACAAGUGCAGCCUGCUGCUGCAUGCCCGGGAGCACAAGGACAAGGGGCUUGUCAUGCAGUGCUCACACCUGGUCAUGCGGCCCGUGGCCCUGGACCAGAUGGUGGGGCAGCCGGACAUCACGCCCCUGCUGGCUGUCCCCCCUGCCCUUGGACCUCCGGCCUUGCCCGCCUUGGGCAAGGGUGACGGGGCCAUCACCUCCCCCGCCAUCACUACAGUCGCUGCUGAGGCCCCUGUGCUGCCGUUGUCAGCCGAGCCGCCUGCUGCCCCUGCCACCUCCACGUACACGUGCUUUCGCUGCCUGGAGUGCAAGGAGCAGUGCCGGGACAAGGCUGGCAUGGCCGCCCACUUCCAGCAGCUCGGGCCUCCCGGCCCUGGAGUCUCUAGCAAUGUGUGCCCAACCUGCCCCAUGAUGCUCCCCAACCGCUGCAGCUUCAGCGCCCACCAGCGCAUGCACAGGAACCGGCCCCCCCAUGUCUGCCCCGAGUGCGGGGGCAACUUCCUACAAGCCAACUUCCAGACCCACCUCCGGGAAGCCUGCCUGCACUUCUCUCGUCGUGUGGGAUACAGGUGCCCUAGCUGUGCGGUGGUGUUUGGGGGUGUGAACUCCAUCAAGUCCCACAUCCAGACGUCUCACUGCGAGGUUUUCCACAAGUGCCCCAUCUGCCCCAUGGCCUUCAAGUCUGCACCCAGUGCCCACGCCCACCUCUACACGCAGCACCCCAGCUUCCACACGCAGCAGGCCAAGAUGAUUUACAAGUGUGCCAUGUGCGACACGGUCUUCACGCACAAGCCCCUCCUCUCCUCACACUUCGACCAGCACUUGCUGCCCCAGCGUGUCAGCGUCUUCAAGUGCCCAUCUUGUCCUCUGCUUUUUGCCCAAAAAAAGACCAUGCUGGAACAUCUCAAGAACACCCAUCAGUCUGGGCGCUUGGGGGAGGAGCCUCCUGCGAAAGGGGCCGGAGGUGCCCUUCUGACCCCCAAGACUGAGCCUGAGGAGCUGGCUGUGUCUCGGGGAGGAGCAGCACCCCCCACGGAGGAAUCGUCCUCAUCCUCAGAAGAGGAGGAACUCCCCAGCUCCCCGGAGCCCCCUCGUCCAAGCAAACGGCCUCGGCGGGACCUGGGCAGCAAAGGCACCAAGGGUGGGGGUGGGGGCCCUGGAGGCUGGACCUGUGGCCUCUGUCACUCCUGGUUCCCUGAGCGUGACGAAUAUGUGGCUCACAUGAAGAAGGAGCAUAGCAAGUCAGUGAAAAAGUUUCCCUGUCGCCUGUGUGAGCGCUCCUUCUGCUCCGCCCCCAGCCUGAGGCGCCACGUCAGGGUCAACCAUGAGGGUAUCAAGCGAGUUUACCCAUGCAGGUAUUGCACAGAGGGAAAACGCACCUUCAGCAGCCGCCUGAUCCUGGAGAAACACGUCCAGGUCCGGCACGGCCUGCCGCUCGGGGCCCAGUCCCCUGGCCGCGGGAGUAUUGUGGUUCGGGGUCCAGGUGCCAGAGCCCAGGGACCAGGACGGAAGCGCCGCCAGUCCUCUGACUCGUGCAGUGAGGAGCCUGACAGCACAACACCUCCGGCCAAGCCCCCCAGGGCUGGACCCGGGUCUGGAGGCCCCCUGCGCCACCGGGGUGGCGGCUCGGUGGAGCAGAGCCUCAUGGUGGGGUUGAGGGUGGAUGGCGGGACCCAGCAGUGCCUGGACUGUGGCUUGUGCUUUGCCUCCCCUGGCUCCCUGAGCCGGCACCGCUUCAUUAGCCACAAGAAGAAACGGGGUGUGGGUAGUGCCAGUGCCCUGGGCUUGGGGGAUGGGGAGGAAGAGGCACCCCCUCCAUCGAGAUCUGACCCAGAGGGUGGAGAUUCACCCUUGCCUAUUUCGGGAGGCCCACUGACCUGUAAGGUCUGUGGCAAGAGCUGUGACAGCCCUCUUAACCUCAAGACCCAUUUCCGCACACAUGGCAUGGCGUUCAUCAGGGCUCGGCAAGGAGGCAGUGGGGACAACUAGGCCCCGGACCUGGACUGAUCGGCCGCCUCCCUCUUCCCUGGGAGCCUGGGCCAACUGCUGCUGCCUGGUCUCCAGGCCGGGAGUUCGUUCUAAUUCACGUUUUGUUCGACUCCUCUCCUCUUAACCCCCAGACAACAAACUUGAGCAUUAUAGUUAUUUGCAGUCCCCACUUUGGGUUUGACCCUUGGGUCCUAGUAGAGUGGGCCCUCCAUUCCUCCUUUCUUAGCCCAACACUAAUUAUGCUCCUGCUGCAGACCCCCGUGUGGGGCUGGGGGUGGGAGGCCGGGUCCAGGGAAGGACCAAUGCUGGGGCAGUCGGGACACGCUCCCAACCCCUGCAGGCAGACUCGGGCCUGGCCCUGCCCUGGCACCACCCCUCGUUCCCUGGCACUCCAGCCCCCUGCCCCUGCAGUGCCUUUCACGUGUCUUUUUUUUUUUUUUCCACAGAAUUCGGGGGUGGGGUGGGGGGGUUGGUAGGGACGAGUCCUGUCAAGGGGGACCCAGGGAGAGGAGGGGACAGGCUCUCAGGAAACCUUUAUUCUUGUAGUGAUACUAACGGGGAAAUGGGAGAGAGAAAACCAGACCAUUAAAACUGCUCGUGGUUUAAUUCC